UGUGAGCUCUGUCCCCCUGGCCACUAUUGCCCAGAGGCCAAGCUGGGGGGCCCUGCAAAUGUGUUCGCAACCCCCUGCAGAGCUGGGUCUGAGUGUCCUGCAGGUGCUAUGGCUGAGGUCCCAUGCAGGGCUGGCUCCUACUGCGGGCCCCAGACUGGGGUCCCCCCACUCUGCCCUGGGGGCUAUGCCUGUCCUGCCGGCUCCCCCACCUACACUGGCCCAGGGCAGCUGGACAGAGUGGUACCACAGCCAGCCCUGCCCCGUGGGGCACUACUGUCCUGCUGGGGCCCACAGCCCCAGGCUCUGCCCCGCUGGAACCUUCAGAAACAGCAGCCAGGCGGGGGCGGCCGCAGACUGCCUGCCCUGCCCCAGCAAUACCUUCAGCGCCCUGCCAGGCCAGACUGGCUGCCUCCCCUGUGGGAGCUCUGCUUUCUCUCCCCCUGGUCGCUGAGCGCUGCUCACCUGGAGAUGUUCGCCUGGCCACCACCCGCAAGUGUGUGUCCCCUCAGCAGCACAACUGCUCCUUCUUCUGUCACCCAGUGGGCGGGGAGCUCAGCGCUGAACUGGGCAUCUGCCAGUGCCGGGAAUAUGUCUCAGCUGAAGAGCUCUGUGACGCCCAGUGUCUGGCCAGGGCCCCCCAGAUCUCCCUGGCCUGGGGCCCCGGCAGAAAGCUGAUCCUCAGCAUAAAGGGUGAGGCUGGAGACAGCACCCAGCAGGAAGUGGUGAGCACUCUGGGCCCAGACCAGUUCUUCCGCGGGAGUGCUAGAGUCCAUCUGGUCCAGUGUGGCCCACAUGGCAUCUUUGGCUUCGUCAUCUCCAGAGAGGACAUGCUUGGCUCCUUCCUCCUGGGACCACCUGUGUCCAGCACCCAGCUACAAAGGCGGCAUCGGACUGCAGACCCGGAGCACCCUGUCCCCCAGACCUCCAGCAUCCACCCCCAGAUUCCAAACCCGGUGGUCUGCCUGGUAAAAGGGGAUGUGAUCCUUUUCCAGCUUCAGAUUCUUCCGCACAAUCGCUCAGCCAGUCACUACCCCGUGUACCAGAAGCAGCACCUGUUCAACAGCAACCCCCACUGGGACUCAGGGCCCUUCAGGAGACUCAACCACCUAGUGCGGGAGACUCACCUCAGCUUCUCCAGGUUUGCCCACCAGUUCCUUGAUCUGGGUACGUAUGUGAUUCAAGACAAUGGGCUGCCGGAGAGCAUGGCCGUGGUGCUGGUAAAGGAGAAGAGGGAGGCCUGUGGUCCGGGCCUGGCCCCAUUUCAGCCCUCUUCCCCGUAUCAGCUCGCCAGGCAUGGCGUCCUCAGGCGCAAGCUGCCAAACCUGGGCCCCAACUGGACAGUGAUCACAGGGGUGCUGCUGGCUGUUGGCUUGGCAACUGCAGUGCUGACGGGCCUGGGCCUAAUGCUGAGGCCCUCGCUGGUCCAGGCCUGCCCCAUGAGGGCUUGGAGGCCUCAGGGGAGGGGCCUCAGGGAGCCCUACGUGCCUGCUGAGUAUGCGCCCUGCAGGGACAGUCUGCUCCAUGGAGUCUGGGGUUUUUGGGGCUCUGGAGAAGGAGCCAAUUCCCAGGAGACAGCCAUUGCCCGGGGCGCAGGGGAGCUGCUCCCGGCCAAGACCCUGGAGGACUUCAGCAUCCGCACACUCUACGACAAGCUCGAGGACCAGAGCCUGCAUGUGGCAGCCCAGCUCAGCAAGCACAGGAGUGAUGCGCUGGCCUUCUACAGGGGUGCCAGCCAGCAGCUCCAGGGGCUCCAGGACCUUCUACAGGGCCUCAGCUUGACUGAGACAGGGGCCAAAGCCACGGCCAGGACAGACACCGGGCAGCGUGAGGACUGGUGGGGCAACCACAUGGCAGCUUCUCCCAGGGAGCACUGGCAGCGUCCUCCAGGUUGCACCCCCAGUGUCUGUCCCCUGGGCUUUCAGCUGGAGCUUGACAGAGUGAUCGCAGCCCUGGCAUCCACACAUUCUCAUGCACAUGGGCCACCAGCUGGGACCAGCAGAAAGGCCUCUUGUCAGGUUGGCGAACAACCUCUCUCCACCUGUCAACAAGACCCUCAACAGGCGAGUGACGUGCUCCUGAAGUCCCCAGCCCCAUCCUCAGAUGGGGAGCACCAAAGUACAAGCCCCCAACAGGACCUGGGACCUGGACGACACCCCCAGGGUGACACCAAUGGAAGAGCCAGGAGCCCAGGCUUGGGGCACGGUCACAUGCGCCGAGGCUUUCCUGAGCUGCAGAGAAAGAUAUGGCAGGUGGAAGACACUUUGGAUGAGCUGAAUCAGGAGUUCUUUCAGCUCACUGCUCAUGCCCUAGAGCUCCAAAGAGAAGAAGACAAGCCAGACCAACUGCCCCCAAGCAAGGGUGGUGCAGUCGAGGUGAUUCCCAGCAUCUUCCCUUGUGUGUCACAGGAAGACAGACCUAACCCAACGGAAGCAGGUGGCCCAGACAGAGGGCAUCCAGGAACCUGGGUACUGAAGAACAACCAGGCUCUGAUGCUGGAGGUGAGGAGGGCCCGCCUGGCUCAGAGGAUCGAAGACCUGGAGUGGGAGCUGUCCCUGCUCCUCCAGGUGGCAGAUGGAAGCAUGUGUGCCUGGGGAGAUACUGAGUCACACAGGAUGCUGCGGUGGCAAUCUGGACAGGAGCCUUGUCCACAAGGAAUGACCAGGUGACUCCACUGGCCCCUGGUAGGAAGCAGUGGGCAUCCGAGGGACCACCAGGCCCAGCGUGUGCACUCCGGUUUGUGACACACACCUAUUGGGUGACACCAAGACUUCUUUCAAAGCCUGGACCUUGCUCUGUUUGUGGUGACUUCUGUCUGUGAAA